UGCUUCCGGAUCGCAAAAGCCCAAACGCUGAUUGCUCUGUGUGGGACGGUGCCCGGGUAUUGGUUCACCGUCGCGCUAAUUGACAUCAUUGGCAGAUUCACCAUUCAGUUAGUUGGGUUCAUCAUGAUGACUAUUUUCAUGUUUGCCCUCGCCUUUCCCUACCACCAUUGGACUAUGAAGGAGAAUCGAAUUGGGUUCCUCGUCAUGUACUCAUUGACGUUUUUCUUCGCCAAUUUUGGGCCCAAUUCCACCACUUUCAUUGUUCCCGCCGAGAUCUUCCCGGCCAGGCUCAGGUCUACUUGCCACGGGAUUUCCGCCGCCGCCGGGAAGGCCGGAGCCAUCGUCGGGGCAUUCGGGUUUUUGUACGCCGCGCAAAAUUCCGACCCGUCCAAGACGGACCCGGGUUACCCACCGGGUUUCGGCGUCAAGAACUCGCUUAUUACGCUCGGUUGCAUCAAUUUCCUCGGUGCUUUGCUCACGUUGUUGGUGCCGGAGCCCAAAGGAAAAUCGCUGGAGGAGUUGACCGGCGAGAAUGAGAUUGAGGAAGACGGCGCCGCCGUGGAACAUCAGACCAAUAGGACAGUGCCGGUGUGAUUAGAUUAAGGGUAUGAAAAGUGAAACGAUUCGUUUCGUCACAUUUUGUGGAAAUUAUUAAUAUGUAAUUUUGGAUUUUGCAUGCGUCUCGUCCUCUGAAUUGUGAUAUGAUUUUGGUUUCUUCUGUAUUUCGUUUGUUUCUGUUGUACUUUGUCUUGUACUUAACCUUUUUAUUUUUACGUAAUUUUUCUUUACAAAAUAUGACUUUUUUGUGUUGCCCUUUUUGGCCUUCUUAGUCCAAUAAAUAUGGGAUGUGGGUAUUCCAGUCUCCAAUCAGAUA